AUGGAUGGCAAUUGGCAGUUCUGCCUUGUAGGCUGCAAUCGGUUCAACACAUUCGGGAGCCAUGGUGCUGCAGAUUUUAUUUCUUUCAAACACUAUGCGUCACUGCAAGAGUGUUGCAGCCACCUAAAGAAUGUGGAAGGUUGUCAAAUCGUUGGCAUUGAGAUAACGCCUGAAGCGAGAUCUGUGAAUGAACACCCUUUCGACGGGCCAACAGCAUUCAUGCUUGGGAAUGAGGGCACUGGAAUGUCUGAUAAGCAGCGAAGCUUGUGCGAUCAAUUCGUGUACAUCCCACAGUAUGGCUGUGGCACCGCAUCCUUGAAUGUCACUGUUGCUGCCGCCAUCGUGUUACAUCGCUUCACGGAGUGGGCAGGCUAUGAGGAGAGGCGCCGUGUAGGGGAGAAGUUUGAGCUUGGGGACAGGCCUCGCAGGACUGCACCAAGAGGCGUUGUGGCCGAUCCUGGCUGUGACGUCCAUCGAGACCGCGAAAUUCGAAGGGAGGAUGACCAAGACGUCCUGAUGGAGAGCGGUGACGGAGCCGGCAGCGAGGGUGGCUUUCUGGACGGCAUUCUCGGUGGCGACGGUCCCUGA